AUGAUGUCCCUUGCGCGACUCCUGGUUAUCGUCCCGGCUCUUGUGGGCAGCACCGUGCCUGACGCCAGCUGCCUGGCAGAGGGCCGAGACUGGGAGGCUUGGGCCGGCCUCGGCAACCGAGUUUGCCGUGGCCACACUGUGGACGAAAGUGAUCCCCUCGAUUACAACGUGACCAAUGCCUCGACACUGGAGGAAUGCAAGGCCAAGUGCCUGGAGGACCCGUGCAAAUGCAAAGGUGUGGAGUACAACUCCGUUUCCGGCCGAUGUGAAGUUUGGCAUCGGGAGGCCGGCAUCUCCGCUUGGAGGGAGCCCGAAGUGAAGGGAUUCACCUGCCAGAGGUUUGGGUGGCCGGCGAAGUACUUGAUUCCUCUCGACGGUGGAGCGGGUCGGGCAUGCCGCGGGGACACCGAGACUGACAAUGAUGACGGCUAUUACAGGGUCGAGGAUGUGAUGCACAUGGAGGACUGCCGAGCUCGCUGUGUUACAGCCGUGGAUUGCAAGGGGAUUGAGUUCAGUGGCAACCGCUGCGAGAUCUGGACUCGGCCAAUCCUCGCAACCAAGGCCCUGACCAACUUCACUUGCCUCCGCUACGAGGGUCCAGGAUCCAGCUUCUAUGUGACAACGUUGGCGCCAAUUCUGCCAUGA